AGCCGGGCAGGCCGGGACGACGAGUCAGACGAGGCUGAGCCGCCAUCGACCGUCGACCCCGCUCGGGCCACGCCACGGAAGGAGGAGGAGAAGAAGGACGGGGGGGAAAUCUGGGGCGCCAUGGAGACUGUUACUCUCUACCAUAAUAUCUUCCUGCAAUACUUAAACCGAACAAGAAUUGUGGUGAAUGAAAAAUGCUCUGGGAUGGAACCAUGGCAAGUCAUCGCAUCAACAGCCGCUGCUACCUUGCUGAUUGUGAAGCUAUACAUGUUUCUUUUCCAGGCAGAAAGUUUAACAUCACGAUUUAAAAAAUGGUUCUUCAGAUUUAUACGCAAGCUGCCCAUCAUUGGUCCCAUCAUCCAGCAACAGAUAGACAAGACUUUGGAUGAGAUGUCUGCCAAAUUGACCUUUUUGCAAGACAAGAAAAAUUAUCUCAGGACCCUGCCAGCAAUAGGUCUCAGCAAGCCAGAAUUAUUGAAGAAGAUGAAGGAAUACAGCACUAUGGGUAACGUAAAUUGGAAAGACUGCAAAGUAUCUGGCACAGUGUACAGUGGGGAUGAGAAACUCGUUAAUCUGCUUGUUAAGCGAUUUAAGGUUGGAAAUGUAUUAUUUUUGAUGUUGGUUUUGUCUUUUAGGUUGGUGCCAAUAAGUGCCCAUGCAGCAUUUGACAAGGCUGCCCAUUAUUUCAGGAUUAAGAUUGUGCGUAUUCCAUUGACAGAACUGAUGCAGGUGGAUGUGAAGGCAAUGAAAAAAGCCAUUACCAAGAAUACAGCCAUGUUGGUCUGUUCAAGCCCACAAUUUCCUCAUGGAAGUAUUGACCCCAUUGAGGAAGUAGCGAAGCUUGCCCUGAAAUAUGAUAUUCCCUUGCAUGUGGAUGCCUGCCUGGGAGGCUUCCUCAUUGUCUUCAUGGAGAAGGCCGGCUUUCCUUUACCGCAGCGUUUUGAUUUCCGAGUGAAAGGGAUCACCAGCAUUUCUGCAGAUACGCAUAAGUACGGCUACGCGCCAAAGGGCUCCUCAGUGAUAAUGUACAGCGAUAUGAAAUAUCGGCAUCACCAGUUCUUCAUUGCCCCUGAUUGGCAAGGAGGAAUUUAUCCUUCGCCCACGAUUGCUGGUUCCAGACCUGGAUGCCUUAUUGCAGCUUGCUGGGCAACCAUGGUGCACCUAGGAGAACAAGGUUAUGUGGAAGCCACCAAGAAGAUCAUCUCAACUACAAGGUUCAUCGUAUCUGAGUUGCAGAAAAUGGAUCACAUCUGUAUCAUUGGCAAACCAGAGGUUUCUGUCUUUGCUUUCAAGUCUGAUUCAUUUGACAUUUACCUAUUGUCAAACCUGUUAAUAGCCAGAGGAUGGAAUCUUAAUAUUUUACAAUUCCCUCGAAGUAUUCAUUUUUGCAUAACGCUGCUACAAACAGAACCUGGGGUGGCUGAAGAACUGCUGAAGGACAUCAGAGAGUGUGUCUCUGAGGUCAUAAAGAAUCCAAAGGAAAAAACCACUGGCAUGAGUGCAAUCUAUGGUCUGGCGCAAACCAUUCCUGAUAGAAACCUUGUUUCGGAAAUUGUUGGCGGUUAUUUGGACAGCCUCUACAGCACAGGUGUAGAGUCCCCCUUGACUGAUACGCACAUGAAUGGUUCUCCAAGCCCCCAUUGAUUUUUAAUCAUGUAUCACAAUUGUUGGAUGAAGACACACUAAACAAUUCAAAGGAAAGGUAAUAUCACUUGGGGGUGUUUCUUCUGCAGAUGCAGCGAUCUGUUGGCAUAACAUUCCCUUUUAGGUUAAACACAGGUUCAACUCCCCCCUAGCUUUAGAUUGGCUGUUCAGAUCUGUGAAACGUCAGGAAUUCUCUCUCUCUCUCUCUCUUAACUUCUGAUAAUUAUUUGUAUAUCUUAAUGACGACUCAACUGCUGCUUCUAGUCGUCCAAGACACGGCAAGCUUAAGGGCAAUGCAAGUCUGGUCCAUCAUUGUUCAUGCUCAGGUGUUUGGAAUUACUUCAGUGGACGGAUACAGAUAUCUUGGCUGACGUUCACACCGAGCAGUGGAUUCAACAACAGGUUGCGCCUCCUUCACAGAUGAUAGGAUAAAGUGUUUGGUUCACUCUGUGGGAAUUUGCUCUGAUUGAGAGGAAGUGGAUCAAAGGGGAAAAAGGGACACUUCCUUCUUUCCUUGUAUUUUUGGGGUGCUUUUCUCUUUUCCCUAAUUUUUUUUGUUAUUGUGACAUAUCUCCCCCCCCCCCAAGUCUUUGAGCCAUGGAGAUCCACGAAGGUACUAAGGAUAAAACGGUUCUUCCACAUCUACUUUCUGUGUUAACUACCGUAGGAGAAAGCAAAUUGCAUUUCUUCAGUGUCACUGAGAAGUCGAGAUGUUCGGCUCCUUCAACUGCUCCCAUUCAUAGCUCUGCCAUUGUGUUAAACGCCUUUAUGGACUCAAAAGAGAACCGGGGACUCAGAAUGUAAUUAUUUGUAGGACCUCCCCAGGCCAGUGCUCCUUUUCAGGCGUUGCACUGAUUUAUCAGACCCAUUCUCAAGAGAGCACACACAGAUUUGCCUUAAAUGCGGAGAGCAUCUCUUAACUCAAGGAGCCAAGCAGAUGAUCCAGUCAAUAGAUGAUCACCUCCGUUAUGGUACUACGCUGAAAAUAACCUCAACCUCAGGUAUCAUAUAGUCCUCCUCUUCAGUGUUUCAUGACGUCUCAGUUCAGUCCACCUGUAUGGUAGCACUUUGCCACUGCGAUUGGGAUACCUGGCCAUGGUGGGCGUGGCCUAGUUGGGUUCCUGCACCAUGGCGGGGGGAAGGUUUGCCCUCCCCAGCUCCAGAGGCUUUCCUUGAGCCU